AUGCCUGAAGUUUUUGCUCAGAGCGAUAUUGACUUUGGUAGAACAGACAGGGUGAAGCAUCACAUCAAGCUUUCUGAUGAGACUCCCUUCAAGCACAGAGCACGUCCUAUACAUCCACACGACCUGGAUGCAGUUCGUAGGCAUCUUCAGGAGCUACUACAAGCUGGAAUAAUUCGUGAAUCUGAGUCACCAUUCUCGUCCCCCAUAGUAGUGGUAAGGAAAAAGAACGGAGAAGUACGUCUUUGUGUAGACUAUCGAAAGUUAAAUCUUCAGACUGUGAAGGACGCAUAUGCACUUCCAAACCUGGAAGAGACAUUUUCCGCCCUUACCGGAUCCAAGUGGUUUACUGUGCUCGAUUUAAAAUCAGGCUAUUAUCAAAUUGAAGUGGAGGAGGCUGAUAAACCAAAGACCGCUUUCGUGUGUCCCUUAGGUUUCUGGGAGUUUAACCGGAUGGCACAAGGGAUCACAAAUGCUCCUAGUACUUUUCAGCGGCUAAUGGAAAAAUGUGUGGGCGAUAUGAACUUGAGAGAAGUAGUCGUGUUUUUGGACGAUGUAAUUGUUUUCUCAAAAACAUUGGAAGAACAUGAAAUCAGGCUGAUGCGAGUCCUUAGUCGUCUGAAAGAGUAUGGAUUAAAGCUUUCUCCGGCAAAAUGUAGGUUUUUCCAAACCUCCGUCAGAUACCUGGGCCAUAUAGUGUCUCAGAGUGGAGUAGAGACAGACCCUGAUAAGGUGGAAGCCUUGAAGACGUGGCCCAGACCGCAAAACUUGAAGCAGUUAAGGUCUUUCCUUGGGUUCUCGGGAUACUACCGACGAUUCAUCAAGGAUUACUCCAGUAUUGUGAAGCCCCUCACUGAUCUAACAUCUGGGUACCCACCACUGCGAAAGAGUUUCAAACACAAAGCAAAAGACAGCCAGUACCAUGAUCCGAAGGAAUCAUUUGGUGGUCGAUGGACAUCUGCAUGCGAGACUGCGUUUAACACCAUCAUAACAAAGCUUACUACGGCUCCUGUUCUCGGCUUUGCAGACUCCAAAAUCCCUUACGUCCUGCACACCGACGCUAGCACCACAGGGUUAGGGGCAGCCCUGUACCAAGAACAAGAGGAACCUGACAGUAAAAAUACUAAGGAUGUCCUGGUCCUUACAGACCAUUUCACUAAAUACGCCAUCGCUAUUCCAACACCCAAUCAGAAGGCCCAGACUGUCGCAAAAUGUCUAUGGGAUAACUUAAUUGUUCAAUAUGGCAUUCCCGAAUGUUUGCAUAGCGACCAAGGUCCAGACUUCGAGUCCCAUGUUAUCAAAGAGCUAUGUCAGCUUAUGGGGAUUCGUAAGACUCAUACCACACCGUACCACCCCAGAAGUAAUCCUGUGGAACGUUUCAACAGGACCCUUCUGAAUAUGCUUGGGACAUUGAGGGACGAAGAUAAAUCCCGAUGGCGGAAUUUCGUGAAGCCUCUGGUACAUGCUUACAAUUGCACACGAAACGAUGUAACUGGGUUCACCCCUUACGAGUUAAUGUUUGGACGACAGCCGAGGCUGCCGGUCGACUUAGCAUUUGGUCUACCAUUGCAGUCUGAUCAGCGCAAGUCCCAUUCGCAAUAUGUGCAAGAGCUCAAAUCGCACCUUGAAGAUAGUUUUAAGAUAGCUAGCCUAAAUUCUGAAAAGAAUGCCAAAGCAAAUAAAACCAGGUUCGAUGCGCACAUAACUGCCUCCAAGCUGGAAGCAGGUGAUCGAGUUUUAGUGCGAGCUGUUCGUCUGAGAGGCAAGCAUAAACUUGCUGAUAGGUGGGAAACCGACAUCCACGUAGUGGUGAAGAAAGCAGGAGAUCUCCCAGUUUACACAGUCAGGCCGGAAAAUCAUGAUGGUCCCUUGAGAACUCUGCAUAGAGACCUCCUACGUCCUUGCAGUUUUUUACCAGUGAGUGUGGGGAGGCCUGUUACACCACAACGUCUUCGCCGACCCCAGACAAGGCAGUUUGCUGAGUGCAACACAGAAGAUGUGUUUUCUGAUUUUGAGGAAGACUUUGAGAUUCACAGACAUGGGAGAUUGCCUGCCAUGACGCCCACGAGAUUUACGGCUGUCUACGAGAUACCUAGGAGAGAUGAAAGUAACUUACCUGGUGAUGAUCCUGUGAAUGAAAGUAACUUACCUGCCGAUGGUCCUGUAGACAAAAAUGACCUACCUGUUGUAGUUCCAGUGGAAGAUGACUACCUAACUCCAGGUACCCCUGUGAGAGAAAAGACACAAGAUCAGCCUGAAAGUCAGUCGCUUCAUCUGACUUUUGCAGUUGACACAAAUGUUGCAGAACCAGCCGAGGCAGACUCCAAUGCCAAUUCUUCUGAGCCGGCAGAUGAGGCUGAACCUCAGGAAAUGGCUGAACAGAGCAUCCGGAUGUAUGAACAACCAGAGGAAGUUAGUAACGUCCCAUUGGAAGAGAGCAAUGCUGUAUCAAGUGACGAUGCCGCCACAGAAACACUUGAUGGUAUUAGACGAUCGACAAGAAACAGAGAAAGACCUGACAGGUUACAGUAUUCACGCCUGGGACAUCCACUAAUAUCCAUUGUUCAGUCCUUGUUCCAAGGGUUGAGUACAGCCUUUACGGAUGUUCUGCAAGAUGCCCAAGAUUCAGAAUAUUUGCUUACUUCCUGCCCUAAGCUUACAACCAAGCAGCCACCCCCAUGCACAGGGACGUGCAUGAUUUCAAGAGGGGAGGGUGUAGCCCAGACUAAUAAUUUAGUCAUUUAGUUGUUAAACUUUUAGAAAGAACAGCAAUAGUGGAAUUAAUAAAAAUAAUUAAAUAAUUUAUUUGCACAAGAAACUAGGUUAAACACAUAUUUACUUUAAAUAAAUGACAAGAAAAAAAAAAUGGUUUAUUUUAUUUUAUUUUAUGGGAUUUAUUUCUGGUUUCUGAUUGGCUUGCAGGCCUAGGGAGGUUUGUUGACCAAUGAGGUUGCACAACAUAGGUGUGUGCGGCGGGUGAACACGCGGUUCCCGGCGUUUUUCUCACACUAGGGCAGACAGCGGUAGAGCGAGCACCUGGAGCUCAGAUCUUUCCAGCUAAUCGGAAAUAAAACAAAGUAAAAGUUAAUAAAAGUUCACUAAAACAUCACAGAACAUUCCUAGUUAGCAGGAUUACUUACCUGGAGCUGUAAUUGGAGCGUCUGCGUUGUCAACCCCGUGUGAGCAUGCUGCGGUUUCCCCGCAUUGGUCAGGUUUUUUGAGAGAGGUGAAGUUGAACUGAAUUCCAGUGAUUUGGAUGGCGAGCCGAGCCCGACUAUCUGAACCAAGGAACCUUACUGCAUGCAGCGAACUGAACUGAACUCUGAUUCCACGUUCACACUGACACUGAGCCUAUUCACUUCUGAGCUUGGUAGGCUAAACUUGCACUCCCACAAAUCGCAGGAUCCUACAUUCGCUCGACUUAAUUUUGUGGACAUGGACUGUGGUAUGCGAACACAUUUCCAAUUGGAAUCAGAACACUAAAGGACGUCUAAGUCCCAGGAUUCUCUAAUUUCCAUUUUCUGAACGUGACUGGUGUUUAUUAUUUUCUUUGUUUUUUUCUCUUCUCACAAUUACCCGGGUAACAUGUUUUGUAUGCAUUGAAUUGUGUUUUUUUGUAUUAAAUUGAACAAUUCCUUUUUCCAAAUAUA